AUGGGUGGCAAGAGCAUGAUGGAUAUGUCUGUACUAAUGUUGUUGUUAGGGGUCACGGUGGUGACAGAAGCCAUGUCACAUGAUUAUGGAGAUGCGUUGACAAAAAGCAUCUUGUUUUUCGAAGGGCAGAGAUCAGGGAAGUUGCCUUCUAAUCAAAGGAUGAAUUGGAGGAAGGAUUCUGCCCUUAGAGAUGGAUCUGAUAUUGGUAUGGACAUGGUUGGUGGGUACUAUGAUGCUGGUGACAACGUAAAAUUCCAUUUUCCAAUGGCAUUCACAACAACGUUGUUGGCGUGGAGUAUAGUAGAGUUUGGUGAAUCGAUGGGCUCAGAUUUGGAACAUGCGUUAGAUGCUCUACGAUGGGGAACAGACUAUUUCCUGAAGGCCACAAGAAGACCUGGCAUGGUUGUUGCCCAAGUCGGUGAUCCCAUCAGCGACCACACAUGUUGGGAGAGACCUGAAGACAUGGACACUCUCAGAACUACUUACGUUGUUAAUCAAACCCAUCCUGGAUCAGAAGUUUCAGCCGAGAUUGCAGCUGCUCUAGCUGCCUCUUCUAUCGCGUUCAAGGACAAAGACAAACGGUAUUCUAGUGUACUUCUCCAGAGGGCAUCCCAGGUCUUCGACUUUGCAAACAAUUAUCAAGGAUCUUACGAUGAAAGUAUCGGACAAGGGGCAUGCCCAUUUUAUUGCGAUAUCAAUGGCUACCAUGAUGAACUGAUCUGGGGAGCAGCAUGGUUAUCCAAGGCAACUCAGGACCCCAAGUACUGGGAUUAUGUUGUAAAGAACAUGGCAACUCUAGGAGGCAGUAUUUUUGAGUUCGGAUGGGAUUCAAAACAAAGUGGGAUUAACAUAUUUGUUUCUCCAAUUUAUUUCGAUCCACAGAAGGUGAUGAACUCCUCUGGUAGUUCCUUCGUUACCAAUGCUGACAGUUUCGUGUGUUCCUUGUUGCCUGAGUCACCUACCAAAUCAGUCACAUACUCCCCAGGCGGGCUUAUGUUCAAACCAGGAGGAUGUAACUUGCAACAUGCAACGGCUUUAUCAUUUCUUCUUAUUGUUUACUCUCGCUAUUUACAAGUUGCCAACCGAUCAGUUCAUUGCGGUUCUGUGGUUACCACCCCGUCGAGACUCGUCGAGGUCGCCAAAACCCAGGUGGAUUACAUACUAGGAAGCAAUCCAUUAGGGAUGUCGUACAUGGUUGGAUAUGGCCCAAAAUUCCCACAGAGAAUUCAUCACAGAGGAUCGAGCCUGCCUUCCAUGUCUGCUUUCCAUGCGCAUAUUGGAUGUCAUGAUGGCAACAGCUAUUUGGUGACCAAAAUGCCUAACCGGAACGUCCUUGUAGGGGCCAUUGUUGGAGGACCAGACAACAACGAUCAAUUUCUUGAUAGUCGUCUCAAUGCUAGUCAAUCAGAACCAACAACGUACAUCAAUGCACCUUUGGUUGGAGCCUUGGCUUUCUUCAAAGGUGGAAAAUAA